GCCGUCGGAGCCGCUGCUGUCGCCGCUGUCGCCGUCGCUGUCGCCGUCGCGCCGGCCGCGGGCAGAGUCAGCACCGCGGACAGCGCCCCCUCUGCGCCCCCCUCCGCGCCCCCUUCGCGCCCCCCUCCGCGCCCCCUCCGCGCCCCCCUCCAUCAUCAUGACGGCGGAGAGCCACCUGCAGGGCGUGGAGAUCUCGGCCGCCCAGUUCUUCGAGAUUUGGCACCACUACGACUCCGACGGCAAUGGGUACAUGGAUGGGAAGGAGCUACAAAACUUCAUCCAGGAGCUGCAGCAGGCGAGGAAGAAGGCAGGCUUGGAUUUAACACCCGAAAUGAAAGCUUUUGUGGACCAAUAUGGCAAAGCUACUGAUGGAAAAAUAGGAAUAGUCGAGCUUGCUCAGAUAUUACCAACGGAGGAGAAUUUCCUGUUGUUCUUCAGGUGCCAGCAGCUAAAGUCAAGUGAAGACUUCAUGCAGACAUGGAGAAAAUAUGACAGCGACCACAGUGGCUUCAUUGAUUCUGAGGAACUUAAGAGCUUCUUGAAAGAUUUAUUACAGAAAGCAAAUAAGCAGAUUGAAGACUCAAAGCUAACAGAAUACACAGAAAUAAUGCUCAGGAUGUUUGAUGCAAACAACGAUGGAAAGCUGGAGCUUACUGAACUGGCCAGGCUACUCCCAGUACAGGAAAAUUUUCUUAUUAAAUUUCAGGGUGUCAAAAUGUGUGCAAAAGAGUUCAAUAAAGCCUUUGAGAUGUAUGAUCAAGAUGGGAAUGGAUACAUUGAUGAGAAUGAACUUGAUGCACUGCUGAAGGAUCUCUGUGAAAAGAACAAAAAGGAAUUAGACAUUAACAACCUUGCAACAUACAAGAAAAGCAUCAUGGCCUUGUCUGAUGGAGGAAAGCUGUACCGAGCAGAACUGGCUCUCAUUCUCUGCGCUGAGGAAAAUUAGAACUCUUCUCUCAUGUCCACUUAACUAGUGAUGUACUCUAUCUACACAAUAACUGUGCACUAUAAGGGAGUAGGCUGUAUUUUUAAACUGCAUAUAGAAAAUUAGCCAGGAUGUGUGGCACAUUCCUUUGAGUUUGUUUCUAUACUGUUUGUAAUGUACAGUUUUUGUAACAAUAAGAUUGAUAAAGAGAAUGUCUAUGUUUGGGCCAGUCUGUAUAUUCAAAAGAAACUAAAAUAUGUUGGCUUUUUUUUUUUUUGGCUUUCAUAAACACAGCUGGAAAAAAAUAUAUAUACCUGCUGACAUUUUGUGGUCAUCAUAUCCUUUGACACUUGCAACAUUUUUCCUUGUUGAUCCAUAUAACAUAAAGGUCUCUCUCCCAAUUACAACUAAUUUUUUUUUUUUUUUAAUAUAUAAUACAAAUUCAGACAACACAUUAUUUAGGUCUGAAAUAGGAAAGAGAAGUUGGCAUGUCUGAUCUCCAAAAGUUACCAAGGCAUCAAGGAAUAUUUUCAGUUGUCAAACUGCCCAGUUACAGGUCUGUGCUCUCUGCAGUUUUUUGAUUACUCUUCUUGUUAUGAACUGAUAGCAUAUAGGUGAAGCAUUUAUCUUCUUGCAGUAGUUGACAAAAAUACAGUGUUUUCAAUCUAGCUGUUUAACUUUACUGAAUUUAAACAUAGGCACUUCAGAAACAAAUGCCUUUAAUCUGUCUUGGAAUCCUGGCUAAGUGACAGGUAGCAUAGUUAAUACACAGAUUAACAUAUAAGUGUACCUUUCAUGACUAUUGCUGUGUCAGAGAAUAUGACAAUCCAUUUUCUAAACUAUUUUCACAUUUUGCAGGUUAUAAUUAUUCUAGUAAAUUGCUGUUUUUACAUCAUAUUCUGUGUAAUCUGUAAUUAAAUUUAAUAUCCUAAGACUGUUGUUGUCUAGUAUGUCUAUCAUGUCUAUCUCCUGGAUUCUUUUUUCUGUACCAUGUAAAGGACAAAACAACUAUUUUGAAAAACUGUGCCUCCUUAGAUUACAUUGGAUUACUAAUCUGUAAUAAUAGUAUUAAAAUUUAACACUAAAAUAAACAAAAGAUCUAGUAAAUAUUUUAUACCAAUUUAGUAAUUUGGUUUACAUGGUAAGCUCUGCUUUUUAUUAGUCUAGAGGUUUUUUUUGUUUGUUUUUUUUUAAGUGAGAACUAUAUGGAUACAGCUCUUCUUCUAUCUUCCUCCCCCCAUUUUUGUGGGUGUUUUUUUUGUUUUGUUUUGUUUUUUUUUUGUUUUGUUUUGUUUUUUCUUUUUUUUUUUUUUCACUAGCUCUUCUUUUACUUUACACCAGUUUUAUGCCAGCACAACUCCAUGAACAUCCAGGUCAUAACUCCAGGUAUCUUCUUGUAUAAGAAGGAAAGUGGGCUGUCUUAAAGCCAAUAAAUCUAUGUUGCCUCCAUUUAAAACUGUUUCAGAAGCAAUUCCAGGUUAGAAGAUCAGCUAUAUAUAACUUCUCAAAUGCAUCUCUGUGUCUUACUUAACAAGCAGAAGGAAAUGCAUUUUAUUUGAAA